AGGCAAUAAUGCUUAAAAGACUGUCUCCGGCGCAGUGUCGUCUGUCUCUCGUGCCUAACAGUCCUCUCCAUCAUCCCCUCUAGUGCUUGGAGACGUUGCGCCGUGCCCGCCAGCCUCAUGCGUCUCAGCCUGAUAUAGCCCAGCCAUACCCCCGCCUCAACAUUCACUCCAUGGCCUGUUCACUCGUCUGGCGCCUCUUCCGCCAUCGACCCUUCACACGGCUUCACUCUGCCCACCCCUCCACCCCACCUCGGGCGCCUGCCUCACCCUCGUCCAGUGCUCUUGGCACCGGGCCUGCUGCUUCUAACUUGAACGCAGAAAAUUACACUGAUGCCUUAGCCUCGGAUCCCGUCUCAUUCUCAGAUGACGUUGACCAGGACCUCCUCAUUCUAAACACCAUGGCGGGCCAGGGUUCACCACUUAUCGCCCUCCGCAGCACCGUCUUCGAUCCAGAUCACUCCUUCGGCGACAUCGACCCUCCAUUCUCCGGCUCGGAGGGAUAUCUCGGCCUCAAGGUAGUUCGACAAGGCGUGGGUUCAGAUGGGCACACGUUCUAUGACUGGGUCUACGCCUUCUCGACUGCUGCCAACGCAUCCUAUGCCCUUCUGGACCACCCUCAUGUCACCGUUGCCGGCAAUCGAUACAACCUUUUCCCUUACGAUGGAGACUCUACCGAACCUCAUUCCGACCUCUUUGAGCCCGUCCGCACACGAAACUCCACGUCACUUCCUCCACCUCCACCAGCAGACAUCUCCCCUCCCCGGAAGCGUCUCAAGAAAUCGACACCGCCGGACAACAAGAUCGUCUGCAAAAUCUGCUUUGGCAUCAUUGAUGGAGCCUAUUCCACGCCUUGUCGACGAUGCAAAGAAGCUACAUGUUACGAGUGCCUGAAGACCCAUUUUGAAACGGCCAUGAAAUAUAUCGACAGCAUGCCCGUCAUGUGCUGCGCCACCGUCAUGCAUCACGAAGUCGCACGCGGAAUCCUCCCUGCGGCAGAAGUCGAAAAGUACAAGCAAAAGUACGACGAGUUUAACACGGUUGAUCCUCUGUAUUGCCCUGUGCCAACUUGCUCGGCUUUUAUUCCUCCUCGAAUGUUCAAGCAAACCGAUAGGAAGGUUACAUGUCACGUUUGCAAGACUGCCAUUUGCACAAAGUGCAGAGAGAUCGCCAAAGACGAACACGUUUGCGCCGAAGAUGGUUCUCGGCAAUUUAUUCUCAAGACAUACGAAUACAAAAUCUGCCCCAAGUGUGGAACUGGUGUCAUGAAAAUGUAUGGAUGUCCUCACGUAAGAUGCCAAUGUGGCGCACAUUGGUGUUGGGACUGCCAAAGACCAAUGAAUGCUUGCUACCAGAAACCAUGUCGUGCUGCCAGAGGUGAUGGUGUCCAUUCGGACGGAGGAGAUCAAGAGCCCGAUUCUGAGGAAGAAGAGUAUGGAAAUGACGCUUCCGUGGCUGGUCCAGUGCCAAGUGAGGUUGAUCAUAGUACGCAAGUGCAGAUGCAGGCCUCACAAGAUCCGGUCCUUCUCCCCAGUGCCAUCGAAACGCGCGAUGAGACUCAAGAAACAACGGCGAACCCGACUGCAACCAGUGAAUCGGCAGAGGUUGAAACCAGCCAGAGCACCGAGAUUGCGACGGAUGCCGCAGAGACGACGGCCCAGCCUACAGUCGAUCUAAUUGCUCCUGAGGCAACCGCAAAUACGCGGCCUGAGAAUCUAGAUGAUCCGGACGAAAUCGAUUGGGAAGGCGUAAGUCUGGAUUUUGGGGACGAACCAACUGAUGAGGCAUGGGAUACGUGGGGAUGUCGACACCAAUUCAGUGAAUUUGGGAAGGACCGCAUCCCCGAGUUCUGGCUGGUUGAUAUGAAUCCUGCUGGGGACCGAAGCUUGGAAGUGGAAUGCAUGGGUUGUUUCAACAAGGUUAAAGUCGCGGACGGUGAGGCCAAGAAAACAGGAUUCAAGGAGAAGUGGUGCCAUCGGGUGUCUUCUCGUACGACGGAGCCGCCAACGACUGAGGCUGGGGCGUCGAGUGAUCGUCGAACCAAAAAAUCUGCCAGAAAUCCAGAUACCUCGUUCGAAUGUCGCCUUUGUGGGAUUAUCUACUGCGGUCUAUGCAAGAAGGCGGCGAGGAAGAGGAUUUCUCACGAGCGCGUGGCUCCCGAUUCAGAACCCCAUUGAGGAGACAACGAUUGAUUCCUAAUGAUGGUCAGGAUCGCUUUGUUGUCAACUGGUGAUGGCGGGUGCGUUGACUCGGUCCAAAGUCGUAUGGUGCUCAUUGGCAUGUAUGAUUAAUUCUUCUCAGAUCGCGAGCUGCAGGAGUUGGGAUAUGAGAUGUCAGUUGAGAUCGUGUUUGGAGGGCGAGUCACUGAGCUGGUUGUUACUGGGUCCCAAGUAGAUCAGAGCAGAAGCUAAACUCGACUGAUGGAAGAGAUCAGCAGUUGUGAAUAAUGAACAAUAAAUUUGAGUGACA